GGGGGGCGCGGAGCGGAGCGCGCCCUGCCCUGCCCGGCCCCCGCCACCGGCGCUCCGCAGGCGGCAGCGCCUCGCAGCCGACAGCGGCGGUCCGCCCGGCUCCCUGCCUGCCUCCCUGUUUGCCGCUCCCGCCAGGGACCGGCGCGAGCCCAGGGACCCUUUGCAGCGGGGACCGCCGUCUCCCUGCUCCCUCUCCUCUUUCCUUCCCACCUCUCAUCCGGCCGGUGAGCGCCGCCGGCUCGCCCCGCCGUGAAGUCUGGGCGCCCCCCAGCCAUCGCUGCUGCUCCCCAUGGGGAUCCGGGAGUUCCCCAACGGCUCCGCGCGGGGCAAAGCCGCCACACUAGGCAUGCGGCGCUCCCCCGAUGUCAGCCCCCGGCGGCUGUCCGAUAUCAGCCCGCAGCUGCGGCAGCUGAAGUACCUUGUGGUGGACGAGGCCAUCAAAGAGGACUUGAAGUGGUCCCGCUCCGUGGAGGACCUCACCAGCGCGUCCGUGGGGCUCACCUCCAUCGAGGAGCGGAUCCUCCGCAUCACCGGCUACUACGGCUACCAGCCCUGGGCCGCCAGCUACAAACGGGAUGAGCGCUCCCGGGAGUCUCCAGCCCCAGCCGAAGCACAGAUGCAAGCCGGGGCGGAGGGCGGUGGAAGGGUGAACCGCUGCUGCUGGAAAUGCUCCGUGACGCAACUCAAGAAGAUUUUCUGGGGUGUGGCCGUGGUCCUGGGUGUCUGCUCCUCCUGGUCGGGCUCAACCCAGCUAGCAAAACUGACCUUUAAGAAAUUCGAUGCACCCUUCACUCUAACGUGGUUUGCAACAAACUGGAACUUCUUAUUCUUUCCUUUGUAUUAUCUUGGACAUGUUUUUAAGUCAACUGAAAAGCAGUCUCCAAAGCAAAGAUACAGUGUGCAUGCUAGAUUACAUCUCCAUUAUCUAAGCCUGUGUCUCCCUUGCCUAGCUCACAGAGCCAUGGAGUGCUGCCGAUUUUUUGGAGACAAUGGCUUGACUUUGAAGGUAUUUUUUACCAAGGCAGCACCCUUUGGUGUUCUUUGGACACUCACAAACUACCUUUACUUACAUGCAAUAAAGAAAAUAAACACUACGGAUGUCUCCGUGUUGUUCUGCUGCAACAAAGCUUUUGUGUUCUUGCUUUCAUGGAUCGUUCUGAGGGACAGGUUCAUGGGAGUGAGGAUUGUGGCUGCUAUAUUUGCUAUUGCAGGGAUAGUUAUGAUGACGUAUGCUGAUGGAUUUCACAGCCACUCCGUUAUUGGGAUAGCCCUGGUGGUGGGCUCUGCCUCAAUGUCUGCUCUCUACAAGGUUUUGUUCAAACUUCUUUUGGGCAGUGCAAAAUUUGGAGAAGCUGCCUUAUUCCUGUCUGUGUUAGCCGCCUUCAAUGUCCUCUUCAUCACCUGUAUUCCCGUCAUCCUUUAUUUUACCAAAGUGGAGUACUGGAGCUCUUUCGACAUUGUUCCUUGGGGAAACCUGUGUGGAUUUUCAAUUCUCUUAUUGACAUUCAAUAUUCUACUAAAUUUUGGGAUUGCUAUUACCUACCCCACCUUGAUUUCUCUUGGAAUUGUACUGAGUGUCCCAGUGAAUGCGGUUGUUGAUCACUACACGAGUGAAAUUGUCUUCAACAGUGUCCGAGUAAUUGCCAUCAUCAUUAUUGGCCUGGGCUUCCUCCUGUUGCUCUUGCCAGAGGAAUGGGACGUCUGGGUAAUAAAGCUCCUGACGCGUCUCAAAGUCCGGAAGAAGGAAGAAAUCCCCGAAGGGAAUGGAGACAUUGCUUCAGGACUGCCUAACAAAAGCCGGAGAACUCGCCCCUCCAUGUCAUCCUUUGCUCAUUAAACGCUCUUUUUACCAAAACUUUGUGGUUAACCUUAUCUAUGAUGAUGCAAAGGUCUUUUCUUGGGAAGAAGCACACCUGUCCAACAUGGUGUACAUAACCUGUACAGUUUUGAUAUGAUCACCAUCUAAGGCAUUAAGUCUUGGCAUGUCCAGUUUGCUUGUACUUUUUUCACAUCAGACCUUUCACUUAAGUAGUACACUGAAAAAAACCUGCAAACCAAGAACCUCUCUUCUCUUUUUAAAUGAAUGUAAUAUAUAUAGUCAAAAUAUAUUUGCAUAGGUUAUUUUAAAGAAUGAUUUUCAUGAAAAGCAGGGCAGACAUUUUGAACAUUAGGUACCGAAUGAUGCAUUGCACACUGUGAUUUAAAAGAAACAAAUGCUAUGCUACAUCACACGUUUAUUUUUGACCAGAGCUGUACUCUGAAAGUUUUCAAGGAACCAAAAGGGAAUCUUUUCAGGGACAGGAAGAAUAGAGGCAAGGAGGUUUGGAAAUCACUCUAUGUAGAUGAGCACAUGUUGCGCUGCAACCAGGAGAAAAUUCAAGCGCUAAAAAUGCUUGCACUAAAGCACUAGAGAGAAAGCAGUUUAGAGCCCAAAUCUCCUUAUUCUGCACAUGACUGUAGUCCACGUUUAAAAUCAUGCAAGAGAAAUCCAGUGCCUUCUACACAACUCUUGUCUUUAUCCACGCAGAAACAGGUCCCACUGUGAAGCACUUGCAAUGGCAGGGCUUGCAGCCCCAGGGACCCCAAAUUCCCACCGACAUCAGGACGUGCCCCCCGUACGCUCUGUGGCUUCUGUGGGAACAGGGGCCCCAGGGGACUGCAAGUUUGCCUGCAGCAGACCUGGAUCUCUUCUCACUUGCACAGGUUUUACCCCUGUGUGGAGCUGCACUUGAUUAACACCAGUGUGAGGAAGGGGGAGUCUUGGUGAUGUGUGGGACAAUCCAACCGAAAAUGAUCAAAGGGGCUGGCAAGAGCGUGGUUGCUGAUAUGUACAGUCUGAGAGCACGGACUAAGGGGGUGAAUCGCCAGUUGCUUUUACUCCAUAAUUGUGAGUGUUAAGAGUUAAAAAUGUAAGAUAUUUACAUCAAAUGUAACACUUUUUAUGAAACUUGUAAGCACCAGGAUGUUUACUUAUGCGAUUUUGGUUCGCCAUUAAAUUUCUAUCUGUGAUAGAUCACAUGCUAUGUAAAAAAAAAAAAAGGGGGGGGAAAGGUUAUAGUUUACUAUUUUUGAAGUUUACAUGUUGCAUACAAAAUUAAAAGUGUUCUUUUGAACUGCUGCCAUAGCCUAAGGGCCCCUGCUGCCACUGAGGCCCUCUUUGUCUCAGGCAGGGGUGGCAUCCACUUUAAAAUAUUUCAGCAUAUCAACUUCGGAUUCCAUUAUCUGUUUGGCGAAGCUAAAUAAUAAAAGAUUUUAAAUUCA